CCCAACCACUAGAGCCAUUAAUUCCUUAAAAGCUAUUUACACCCAUCACAACAGCUGUGCCCAGUUAGAAGAUAAGAACUGCGGGUCAUCAUCAUUCACCCCCCUCCCUUUUUCUUUUCUUUUUUUGCUUCUUCCAUAACUGUUCCCAAAUAGCUCUGAUUAAAAAUUUAAGACACUUAGCUGUAACCCUAUCUUUUUUUCCUUAUUGCCAGCUACAUUUUUUGUUUCCUUUUUUCUUGGAACCCCUUCUUUUUUGAACCCUAUUCUCUGCCGCAAGCAUGGUUGCACCACUGUCAGCUUGGCCUUGGGAGCACUUGGGAAUUUUCAAGUAUAUACUUUACGGUCCUUUAGCUGCAAAAGCAUGGUAUUCAUGGAUGUAUGAGGAUAAUAUACUUAAGGAUCUAUGGUGUAUUCAUAUACUCCUUAUAUGUACACUGAGAGGGCUCAUUCAUCAACUAUGGAGCUCUUACAACAACAUGUUUUUUUUAACUCGCAACCGUUGGAUCAAGCAACAAGGUGUUGAUUUCAAGCAAAUCGACGAUGAAUGGGACUGGGAUAAUUUCAUAAUCCUUCAAGCUAUGUUAGCUUCAAUGGCCAGUUUGAUAUUCCCAUCUUUAAAUACACUUCCUUUAUGGAACCUAAAGGGGUUUAUUGCUUCAUUGUUACUACAUGUUACCAUUUCAGAACCUUUGUAUUAUUGGGCACAUAGAUUUUUUCAUAAACCCUACCUUUUCAACCAUUAUCAUUCACUUCACCAUUCAUCACCAGUACCCCAUCCUUUUACAGCUGGACAUGCAACACCAUUAGAGCACCUAGUGUUAUGUACAGUGAUCGGGAUUCCGAUAACGGGAUCGAUUCUGAUGGGUUAUGGAUCCACGGCGAUGAUCUAUGGCCAUGUUUUGGUUUUUGAUUUUUUCAGGUGCCUUGGACACUCCAAUGCUGAAGUUGUCCCACAUGAAGUUUUCAAUAAGUUACCUUUACUUAGAUAUUUCAUCUAUACCCCCACGUAUCAUAGUCUUCACCACACAGAGAUGGAGACCAAUUUUUGUCUGUUCAUGCCGCUGUUUGAUGCACUGGGGAGUACACUUAACACCAAAUCAUUGGAGCUACAUAAGAAAAUUACCUCAAAUUCUGGAAAAAACGGGAGGGUACCGGAUUUUGUGUUCCUAGCACAUGUGGUGGACAUAAUGUCGGCAAUGCAUACACCGUUUGCGUUAAGAUCAUUUGCGUCGACCCCAUUUUGCAUGAGGAUGUUUCUGCUACCGUUUUGGCCACUUACGUUUAUCAUAAUGCUAGUGAUGUGGGGUUGGUCUAAGACCUUCCUCUUCUCUUUCUACAAUCUUCGCGGCCGUUUGCACCAGACAUGGGUCGUUCCUAGGUUCGGCUUUCAGUAUUUCUUACCAUUUGCAACAAAGGGCAUCAACAAGCACAUAGAGGAAGCCAUAUUAAGGGCGGACAGAUUGGGGGUCAAGGUUAUUAGCCUCGCCGCUUUAAAUAAGAACGAGGCUCUGAACGGAGGAGGGACACUGUUUGUUAACAAGCAUCCAGAGCUUAAAGUGAGAGUGGUUCAUGGCAAUACCUUGACGGCUGCGGUUAUCCUUAAUGAAUUUUCCAAGGAUGUUAAAGAAGUGUUUCUAACAGGAGCCACCUCAAAGCUCGGUAGAGCAACCGCUCUCUACCUCUGUAGGAAAAGAGUUCGUGUUCUUAUGUUGACUUCAUCGACCGAAAGGUUUCAAAAAAUACUAAAGGAAACCCCCGUGGAUUGCCAAAACUAUUUAGUGCAAGUGACCAAGUACCAAGCUGCUCAAAAUUGUAAGACAUGGAUAGUGGGGAAGUGGAUAACACCAUGGGAGCAAAGCUGGGCUCCAUCAGGAACCCAUUUCCAUCAAUUUGUUGUACCGCCCAUUUUGCCUAUCAGAAGAGACUGCACCUACGGUGAUCUAGCUGCCAUGAGGUUGCCACCUGAUGUUGAAGGCCUUGGUUCUUGUGAGUAUACAAUGGAGCGAGGAGUGGUGCAUGCAUGCCAUGCAGGAGGUGUAGUUCAUCAGCUAGAAGGCUGGAGUCACCAUGAAGUUGGAGCAAUUGAUGUGGAUAGGAUUGAUCUUGUAUGGGAAGCUGCUCUCAAACAUGGUUUAAAGCCAGUCUCAAGUGUAAACAAUUGAAAAAAAAAAUUCUUUGUCAUCAAUAAAUAACCAUCAAACAAUGAAGGAGAAAAUUUAAAUAUAUAUAUUUUUUAUUUUGAAAAUUGAAACAUA